AUGGUGUCAAGGACGGAGCUUGAAGAGUUCAGUCGGUACAUUCAGUGCUCGCUGCUCAGCUUGGUGCGUGGGGCUUCGACCGAAGCCCGCAAGGACGUCGAUAGUGCUAGAGCUGACUUCCUUGACGCCUUGCAAUCCUUCAGGGACGAGACUCUUGAAGCAUUGACAGCUCUGCACGAGCGCGCCGACCUCUUGCUUGAGAAUCAGUUUAGGCUGCAGACCCAGUUCCUGAUUUUGCAACAGCGCAUCACUCGGCUUGAAGGAACGCCGGAGUGCACUGACGGUGCCGUCGCACCUGCCCGUGCGAAGGCUGCAAAUGAUCAAGGGGGGGUUGGUGAGUUUACUUUCCCGCCUUCGCCGCCUCUAGGGGUCAACGGCCUUGCAGGCGAUGUGCCCUUGCCUCAGGUUUUCCCAGGCUGUGGCGAAUCAUCUGCAGGCAGCUUCAGUCGUGUCAGCUUUGGCAGUGAGUGUGUUGAGAACGACCUGCACCUCCCUCCGCUUGAGUUACCAGAAGACUGGGAAGACGAUGCACCCGAAACUGCCACAGCUCGGACGCCUAUGGACUUGGAGUCUGUGGAGCGGUCAAACAGGGAAGUGGCAAGUCUGAUGCGAGACAUUUUCGGAAGCGACGAUUCUCAUGUCGAGAAUGUGGAAUCGAGGACAGCUUCGGCCUCGGCUGCGCCCUGUGAGCAGGCGGCUUCUUCGAUCCCCGAUCUUGACCAGGCUAUGUCGAUUGCACAUGCAGAUGCCUCUGCAGAUAUUAGCUUAGCAGCUUCAGGAGAGUUUGUGUCGACCGCUGGUGUCGUUGAUGAUGCACUGGGUUCCUUUGUAGGAGGGCUCGUCAAGCAAGAUGUUGCUAGAUUCGGCAGACUCGACGAUGGUCUUAAGCUUCCGUGGGAGAGUGAGUUCUCCAAGCUGCUUUUCGACCCAGAUUGCGUGUGGGACCCGUUGCAAGGCCGAAAGCAGGAUUCGAUCUUUCCGCCCAUCACGCAUAAUGCCCAGGCUGCCCAUCGACCUUCAGCAGGACCCAAGGAGGCUCCUUCAGGUUCGAUUUUCGCUUGGGCCAUUGCGUUGGGUGCUGCAGCUCGCGAUCCCGCCGCAGAGCGAGAGCGAAAGAGGGAGCAAGGGAUCGGAAUGUGGAGUAGGCUUGUGCUGAGGUAUUCCGAGUGCUGCUCCCUUUAUGAGUGUGUCUCUCAAGGAUUGAGUGGCAGAGAAGCGGGCUAUGAGGAUGUUUUGGUGGCUGUUUCGGCCGCUGUGGGAGUGAAGUCACCGCACACCAUUCACAAGCGUGCCGCAUCCUUUUGGACCUCUGUUCGGUGGUUGGAUGUCCACGAGCCCUUGGCCCCAAGCAGGCUGCAUGAGGUGCAGGUGUGGAAUUUUGUGCAGUUCCUCAAGGAAACUUCUGCGCCGGCCUCCAAGGCCGCUUCGGUCCUGAGUGCUUUCAGGUUCGCUCACUUCGUGCUGGGGUUCCGGUUGUCGGGAAUCGUUGAUUCCAGGAGGAUUGCUGGAGCCACAGAACAACAGCUUGUCAAUGUUCGCAAGCUUCGCCAGGCGAAAGAUCUUACAGUCUCGCAGGUUCUUGAGCUGCACGCGAGGUUAGAGUUGACUGCCCGCUUGGAGCAGACUACCCACUGCAUGCUAGUGUUCGAAGUCUCCCAGCACAAGGGAGCCAGGAAGGUGCAGCUUAAGACCAAGCUCUUGCCGAUCUUGGUUCCCAUGAUAGGGGUCCAUGGAAAGUGCUGGAUUGAUGAAGCCUUGACCGCUUUUCGGAACGCGGGGAGAAGCCUGACUUCGGUUCGGGGUCCGCUGACCUUAGCACCUGCCGACGAGUCAGGGGUCGUCUCCUCGAGGAGGUCCAUCGCUUCAGCUGAAGUGGGCAAGAUGUUGAGAGCCUUCUUGGGUUUGCCUGAGGAGGUCACCGAUCCUUCGGCCCCCAGGGUCACUGCAUAUUCGCUGCGAGGCACUUGCUUGGGCUGGGGAGGUAAGUUCGGGUUCGACGAGGACCUGAAAAGCAUCUUGGGAAGGCAUGCUUCCUCAGUCAAGACAACGCAAGCCAUCUACAGCAGAGAGCUGUCGGCGGCGCCGGUGAGGCGGCUUCAGGACAUGAUUAGGGAGGUUGCAUCGGGGAACUUCUUCCCUGAUAACAGUCGCUCGAGUUACUUCCCGAGGCGAGCCGCUAGUGAUGGGGGGUUCCCUCCCAAAGGAGCUGAGAAGCCCAAUCCUGUCAAAGUUGAGGUGGUCAGCAGCGACGAUUCUGAGGCAGGGAACUCUGCUUCUUCAGACAAGGAGUGCAGCGACUCUUCACAGUCAUCGCAGUCCUCCUCCUCGUCAUCAGCGAGCGACGCGGUUCAGCCUGCUGUUCGCAGGUGGAAGCGAGCUAAAGUCGAGGUGCCCGACCAGGUGUGGUAUGUGAACACUUCGAGUGGGGUCUUGCAUCUGCUUGCUAGCCCCGAUGAUGUUCCGAUGCUGCUCGCAUGUGGGCGACCCGUAAGUGGGAACUAUCGUGAAGCGACGAGGGCCGAAGUUAGUCGAGGCAAAGAUCGCGAAAGCCUCAGGGCGCUCGCGGACCAUGGGAUCGAUACUUUGAGCAAGCUGGCUUACUCUUGCGGUCAACCGGGUACGCCUUUGCCUCAAUCUGAGUUUGAUGACUUCAUGUCCACGGUAAUGCCGGCGGCCCUCUUGGGUGAGAAAGGAAGCGUCAAGCGACUUCUUUUCGAGAGUCAGGCACUCUUGCUUAAUGACCUCAGGGAACAGGUGACCCAGCCCGAUAAGUGGUCUACACGUGAUGUCCCGACAGUUGAGCGUCAGAAGAGGAUGGAAGCAGUGCGUGCCAGCAUACCGGGUGUUGUGCUUGAGGGGUCAUUGGAGCCCUCCCACGGGCUCUUGAAUGCAGCUUGUCGAAUGGAGAGAGAGGGGCAGCUUCGCUACAUAGCUCCCGAGCAGUGUGGCACUCGCAUGUAUGAGAUUCAAAAUGUCAAGGCCCAGAGUAAAGUCCUGUCUUUGGAAGAGGGCAAGCUGGCGAUUUCUGAGGAGAAAGGGUUGCCCGAAGUUGCCUGCGGGUCAGCUUUGUUAUUGCAGGAGGCUCUGAAGCGCCGAGGUGUGGCUCUCCAGUUCGCCGGUGUCGCCAGCUACGUGGCGCAUGAACGUUAUGUGCUCAAACUCUUUGGGCAUAUGGGGCGAGAGCCCCCGCCAGGCUAUGCCAGGACCAGUGUGCACCAGCUCCUUACGGCGGACAGGCAGGUUUGGACGCGAAUGAUCGAAAACGAAGUCAGCCCGAAAAGGAGUGCAGAUGGAAGGUACCCUGUUGAUCGGGCUUUGCUCCCCACGCUUGAGACCUUCGACGUCACUGUAGCUCUCCUUCCGCGGAAGUCGGAGGAAAGCAAGAAGAGGGUCGCCACACCACAUAAGCCCGGGGUUGAGAGGGAUCCCAAAAUCGCGAAGCCCCCCAAGGGCAAAGGGAAGGGCAAGAAGGGCACUUGGCAGCCCAGUGUGCCAGAAGCCAUCCGUAAGCUGGGUGGGGUUGCCGAGACUCCCGAUAAGAAGCGCAUUUGUUUCUCCAGGAACCUGCCAUGCGGCUGCACUCAGGAUCCUUGCCCCAAAGGCUUGCGUGUCUGUGCAUUGUGCUUUGCACCUGACCAUGGUCUUCAGGAGUGUCCGAAGAGAAAGAAUGGGGCCGCUGUUACGUCAGUCACAUCGACCUCAGCUGGAGGUCAGGACUCACCGAUGCCAGAUUCCAUUCAGCUUGAUACGCCGGGGACAAUAUCCGUUGAGCCGGUGCACCCAGCUGAGCAAUUUUGUUCACAGCUUCGGGAAGGAAAGCUUGCCGAUGUUUUGCAAUUGAUCACCCUGCUUGAGAGUGAGACCCCAGCGAGGGGUCAAGAGGCACCAAACACUUUCUCCUGGACUUCAGGAGCAUAUGCCAAAGGACCGCUCAAAGGCGUCCGGAAACACACCUCAGUUUUCCCAGCUUGUACGCGCUUGUUGUGUAAGCUUGUGCUGCAAACUUUUCCUGAUGCCGACUUCACUGCUGUUGUGAUUUAUAAGAACCUUCAGACUGCCUUGCAUGUCGAUGUAAACAACGAGUUGGGGUCGCAAAACUACUUGAUUCCGAUCACCGCAUUCCAAGGUGGGGAGGUCUGGCAAAAAGGGCCUGGCAACGACAUCGUGCAGGACGAGCUAGGGUUUAGCCUUUCUGGGUCCUUAGUUCGGGUUGCCGAUGGGCCGUGUACCCUAAACCCCCGAGAAACCCACUGCACCAUGCCUUGGACUGGCGACCGGGUGCUGCUUGUCGCCUUCAAGCCUAAUCACGCUGCAAGCUUGUCUUCAGAGUACCGCCGACGCCUGCUGCAAGCAGGGUUUCCAGAAAGUGCAUUCGAUUCAGCGUCGUGCUCUCAGGGCCGCGACUCUACCUGCCCGCGGGGUGUGGUCCCGGCCCACUUGGAUGAACUGCCUUCUAAGCCCUGCGAUAAUUCUGCUUGCAUCACCGGUGCCGUCCCUGAUCCUGUAACCUGGUGCGAUCCCUUAGUCAUUGAAUUGUUUUCGGGGUCCGGUCGGGUGACUGCCUGUCUUAAACAGUUGGGACUGUCAGCCGUCGGGGUAGAUGCUGACAAGCGCAGGUCCAUCUCAACCUGCCUACAGGCCGAUUUGGCCACGCCCAAAGGACAGGAGCUGUGCAUGGAGUGGCUAUCUUCGCCUAGAUUAGCCGGCCUCUUUGUGACUCCGCCUGCUCACUUGACCGAUGCUACGGGUCAGUUCUUGGCAGCAGCCUUGCUACAUGUCCUCGGCCGAGGGGCUGUCUGCGUUUUGGCCCAGGCGGGCGAUGGGACGUUUUGGAAAUCUGACUGCUGGACCAAGGUCUCCUCCAAUUUUACUUUUGUGUCGUGCCACGAAUGCGCAUAUGAGGGCAACCACUUGAGUACGACCAUUUUCGCUGUCACCGAUCGUUCAUUUUCGAAGCUUGCUAGGUUUUGCCCGGGCAGCCCGGGCAGCCCGUGCAGACAGGAGCGUAUGUCCGAAUGCCCAUUGCAUGGCGCCUACCCCGUGCGUCUGGCCAUGCAGCUGGCUUGCUGUUUUGCUCAGCACUUCGUGCAAAAGGGCUGGCGAUCGCCCCCACAAUCUUUUGAUGCUUUCGAUCCUCGCUUGGAAGUUCCUAUGUCCCGUGCUUUGGCUGGUGCCCAGCCCCGUGCUAGCAAGAUACCGCCACUAGUUAGUGAGCACCAGCGGGUCAUAGUCUUGCAGCACCCUCCGGGGCUCGUGCUGCCCUGUCAGCCAAUGCAACGACUCAGCAAGCCGUGGCCCGUGCCGCCACAAUGUGGUGCCACCUUGGCACACAUCCCGGCAAAAGCUCAGCUGCUCCGGCACGUGCCGAUAGUCCAAGAUGGGGGGAAAGAACUGGUGAAAGUUGAUUCCUGGGAAAUGGCUUGGGGGUUACCCUGGGAGCCCGAGCAGUUCAUGCGGAAAGCGGCCGAAUCAUGUCACCCAAGGUCGAUGGGCUCUGUGCUCCCGGCCCCCUUGAAUGAUACUCUUGAAUCCUUGGACAAGUUGGGAGACGCCGAAGUCUCCGCUUUGAGGGCUAGGGUAAUCAAAGAGUGGUUGCACUUGGCGACUUCGUUGUCAUCCAAUGAAGCGGAGCUGAAGGCCAGCAUGCACCCUGAUGUUCGUGAGAUUACAGCAUCCAAACGCAUCCUUUUGUGGGAAGCUUUGCUUAAGAAAUAUGAUUACCCAGACCUGUGUGUGUCGAGCCUUCUCAAGGAAGGCGUCCCGUUGGUGGGGCAUGCGCCCAUUUCGGGAGUCUUUAAACCCAAGUUCAAGCCCAUGCAAGCCACGCCUAAGCAGGUAAGGGAGGACUCAAAAGUUUUUCGGGAAAAGGUUAAAAAUUCCCUUAAGACCCAGGACCCCGCCUUGGCAGCCGAAGUUUGCACCAAGACUGAGAAGGAGCUAGAAGCAGGAUGGAUCGUUGGUCCCAUGUGCGAGUCCAGCUUGUGCGAUGGGAUCUUGGUUAGCCGUCGGUUUGGAAUCCAGCAAGGUCAGAAGGUCAGGUGCAUUGACAAUUUGACUUCGUCGGGGGUGAACCUCGCAGUGCAGGCAUAUGAGGCUCCGCAACCUCAAUCUACUGAUGUGGUUGCAUCCACGUGUCUUCGACUGCUGAAAUCCAUCAAAAAGAGGGCAGGCAAAGUCUUGUUCAAAAUCUUAGGCAAGGCGUUCGAUCUUACUGCAGCUUACCGGCAGAUGCCAGUCCACCCAGACACGGAUUGGGCAGCGUACAUCUGCUUCGUGCAUCCAGACACGAAUGAGCGGGUAUACUUUAGGAUGAAAGCCAUGCCCUUCGGAUCGUCAAUGGCAGUCUACGCUUUCCUUAGGAUUAGUCAUUCCUUGUGGUUCCUCGGUGCAAAGGCAUUGCUCUUGCCUUGGUCGUCGUUCUUCGACGAUUUCGUCACUUUUGCGACGACAGGGUGCUCUGCGUCGGCAGAGGCGUCAGUGACGGCGAUGUUCAAACUCCUAGGUUGGGCGUUCGCCGAGUCCGGUGAAAAAUCGAAUGACUUUGCUGAGUGUUUCCAGGCGCUUGGUAUCAUGGUUGAUUUGCGUGCAUGCCUUGAUGGCACCAUAAGCUUCAAGAACACUGCAAAGCGGGUUUCCGAGAUCAAGGCGUUUGUGGGCAAAGUGCUUGAGUCAGGUAGGUUGCCGCAUCACGAGGCACUCAGGCUCAGAGGCAGGUGCCAGUUCGCCGACUCGCAAAUCUUCGGCCGUACUGGAAAGAAGUGUUUGGGGUUGGUCACCGCGCAUGCUUACGGCUUUGACGAGGUCAUCAGUCGUGAACUCAGGACCUCUCUCGAGAGGUUCUUGCUUCGUCUCGAGGACGGGGCCCCGCGUCUGAUCAAGAUCCUUGAGGGAGGAUCGUGGCAUGUGUACACAGAUGCUUCGUAUGAACCAGGGGCAGGAAAUAGCUUCUGCGGCCUAGGUGGGGUUUUAGUGGAUCCUAAUGGGUUACCUCGAAAAUUCUUUUCCUUCGUUUUGAGCGAAGCACAGAAAAAUUUUCUUGGGGAGCAGAAUUCUGCCCAGAUCAUAUUCCAGGCGGAGAUGCUAGCAAUGGCUGUGGCGCUAGACGUUUGGUUGGAGGACUUGACGGGGCACACGGCAAUCUUCUUUGUGGAUAAUAACGGUGUGCGUGAUGCAGCUAUCUCUGCAAAUGCCCGAGCAUCAGUCGCUAGGAGACUUCUUGAGUCGUUUCUUCAGAAAGAGCAUAGCUCAGCGAUCAUUCCUUGGUUCGCCAGGGUACCAUCCCCUUCGAACCCGGCGGACGAACCGUCCCGGGUGGAGUGCGACAGCUUGAACUUGUUGGGGGUGCAACUCCUCAGGUCGAAUGUCUCUCGGAGAGUGGACAGCUGCUUGAAGGACGUUCAGGGUCUUAAGUAA